AUGGGUAUCGAUCUUGAACGCCAUCAUGUCCGGUCUAGCCACCGAAGAGCGCCUAAGAGUGACAACCCAUAUCUGAAGUUGCUCGUCAAGCUCUACAGAUUCCUUGCUCGACGAACUGAUGCCAACUUCAACAAGGUCGUCCUCAAGCGACUGUUCAUGUCUCGAAUCAACCGACCACCAGUUUCCAUCUCCCGAAUCGUUGCAAAGACCUCCAGCGAAUCUGCAAAGAAGGCCUAUGAGGGCAAGACUGUCGCAAUUGUGGGCACCAUCACAGAUGACAACCGAAUGUUGACUGUACCUAAGCUCUCCGUCGCUGCUCUCCGAUUCACAUCUACUGCCCGAGCUCGAAUUGAGAAGGCUGGUGGUGAGUGCCUGACUUUCGAUCAGCUGGCUAUGCGAGCACCUACUGGUAGCAACGUUGUACUGCUGAGAGGACCAAAGAACUCACGAGAGGCUGUCAAGCACUUCGGUAUGGGACCACACAAGCACAAGAAGCCAUACAUCGAGAGCAAGGGUCGCAAGUUCGAGAGAGGACGAGGUCGAAGACGAUCCAAGGGUUUCAAGGUCUAA